CCGUUAAAUCGACGUUGUAAGGGUCUUCAUAAGAGAAAGGACUUGGAAAUAGGAUGGGGUGGAAAGAACCAGACAGAUGCAAAAGUCCAUAUACUGGUCCAAGUAAUAGUUGUAAUAGGAUCAUGUGCAUGAAGACAGUAUUUCUGUUAUUGACGUGGCUUGUCUUCCGCAUUGCUGGGAUUGACAUCUUGACUCUGGAGUUGGAUGAAAUUGCAGUAGCUCAAAAGUAUCCAAGUUGUCGCAUAAAACCUCGUUCUAACGCGUCUAAUGAGAAGACCGUGUUGCUGUAUGAAGGAGAGAGUUUACACAUCGACUUGUGCAUAACUCGGAAACAGAUGGUGUCUGUCAAAAAUCUAGCUUACUCAAAUGAUGGACCAAGCGACAAUAUCUCAUUUAUAGCUGACGGAAAGACGAUCGGUAGCGUUAUCACGAACAACGAGACGAAGUUUGGCAGUGAUUGGAAUUUAUUUCACAAAAGCUCCACCGUCGGGGAGAAAUGGACCAUAGACGUUGGAAGGUUGACUUUGGUCAUAAGAGCUCCUUCCACAGACCAAUACGGUGUGGAGCUUGACUACCUGGAUCUGGAGUUCAGCCGCAAAGUCUCUAAGGACAACAAUCUAUGUAAAGAGACAGAACCGACUGUGACCACACAGUUUGCGUCUCACCCAUGUCGUCUCAAAGACACAUCAGCAAACACUCCUACAAGAACUGAUACCACGACAACCAUGACUCCAACGGUGUCUUCAGUAACAACUACAGCUGCAGUUCCUGUUCGAUCAGAGACUGUUGUAUUCCAGGGUGGUUCUAAAGUGAUUUCUCUCCGCCGAGCCACCAAGUUUGUCUGCCAGGAAGAGAUGGCCAAAUUCCUUGUCACUUCGAGAGACACGAACAUUCUUCAUGUAUCUACACUACAUAGAACAACCAUCACCGCCCCUGUGCAUCCAAGCUUUGCCCUAAGCGCCACACCCGAUUUUACAGAAUCACGACCAACUGUUCUUAUUGAAGGUUUUUCUGGCCGAGGAAAGAAUAUGUGGGUUGUGAUGGACGGCAAGGACGCUGAAGUUUCAGUCCUUAUCGUUUCAGUUCCUGCACCAAAUUUUGGACAAAUGUCACCGAUGCUGAUAUUCUACCAAGACGGUCAUUUUCGCCUUUUUCCUUACCAUCCAGUGUAUGCUCAACCCAAGUUUUACUUGACGAGUCCUGAAGACGGACAGGAAACAACUGGCCUCGACAUUGAUACUGUUGCUGUAGCUGUUACCGAUAGCGAAUUAGAACUUAAGGUGAAGAGCGGAAACCAUAUGACUAGGAUGCACAUGGGGCUUGGAGAACUGUCAACCCAACUGACGGUGAUUGUAGGGGAGGGAAAUGAGUCAAACCUCCUGUCUGUUGUCACACCAUGUUGGAUUGGCAGUGACCCGUUCAUGCGUCUCUUCGCCCAAGUUGAUUCUGGGGACUUCAAGUCACUGUUUGUGUCUUCAGAUCCCUUAUCGGGGAACAACAUUUCAAUCAGAAUCGAUGAAAUGAAAAAGAAAUAGAACUCACACGUUGCGGUCACUACUUGAACCGUUUAUCACACUUGUAUAGCUAAUUUAAUGCUUAUAUAUCCAGUUAGCCCAUGAACAUUGUGCCGCAUGCUAUAUCAUGAAUCCUACUUCCUGUAAAAAACAUAUUGAUGUCAUAUGCAGUCAGAACAAAUAUAGUUUAUUGUAUCUUAUAGCUUAAAUGGAUAGAAUUAUCAUUAAAACGCCCGCAUGUUAUCAGAAAUGAGCGGGCCACUGUAACUUGAUAAUGCCCUCAUAUUACUUGACGACGGGC